AUGGAAAACAAGAACAAUGAUUUUACAGAUUUUGGUCCAGCGGAAUAUGAUUACGGUUCUACGGAUGUGGAUUUGAAUGAUGAUAAAACCUAUCCGGUGAUUGUUGGUAGUCAAGGUAAAUCUACUGAGAAUGUUGAACAUAAUGUAGACGAUGAUAGUUAUAAUAAUGAUGGGAGUCAUGACAAUGCAAGUGAUGAUGAUGGUUGUUCUGGUGAUUAUAGUGAAGAUGAUAAAGGUGAAGAUGAUGAAAGUGAAGGUGACGAAGGGGAUAAUAAUUUAGAUGAAGAUGAUGUUGUAGUUGUUGGUGAGGAAAUGGUAAGGAUAAAUUCAUUAACUGCUGAUGGAAUAAGGGCAAUGGAAUUUGCGGGUGUUGUUGAAGCUGACGAUUUUUAUUUUAAGUACGGUAAAUGUAAAGGUUUUUAUGUUAGGAAGAGUGAUAUUAGGUGCAAUGUCAACGAUGAGAUUGUAAUGAGGCAGUAUGUAUGCAACAAGCAGGGGUUAAGAGAGAAGAAGCAUUUAUCAAGGUCAGAUAGGCAAAGAGAUCACCGACGUCUCACUCGUACAAAGUGUCCAUCUAGGCUCCGUGUUCACUACAGACCCAAAAAGGGUAGAUAUGUUGUGUCUAUUUCUGAAGAGGGUCACAACCAUGAACUUACUCCAUCCAGUGUUGUGCAUUUACACCCUGUUUAUCGGAAAAUAUCCGAGACAGAUAAAGCACAGAUUGAUGGUCUUCAGUCACACGAAAUAAGAACUUGUCAUAUAAUGGGAUACAUGGUGGCUUAG